UUGUUUCAAUAAUUGAAACCAAUUAUAGAGUCUUUAUUAUCUCUAUAUAAAAUCGUCUAUCUAAGUGAUUAAGACAAGUCACAAGUCUACGUGAUUAAAACACUCAUUUCCUCGGAAAAUCUAAGCCGGGAAGGUUACAAGAGAGUUUAGAAGAUGGAUUCGUUCGUUCCGGAGAAUGUUGCGGCUGAGAAAGUUGAAGCCAAGAGGAGGUUCGAGAAAAAGAGACAUUUCUUGAAGUUUCUUCCGGCCAUCGAAGCUCUCGUUGCCGUGAUACUUCUACUCUAUUGGUUAACGUCAACUCUCUUUGCCGGUGAGUAUCUCCGGCGUAUUGUUUCCGGUGGUUUAACAGGCGCCGGAAUAUACUUAUUCGGGGUCGUGAACGUUCUCAUCGCCCUUAUCUUCUCCUUAUCUAACAACAACCACAAGCUAACCGAACCCGAUCUGUAUUUUCAAUAUGUUUCUUCCUCUGCCGCUUCUUCUGUUAGUGGUUUAUCCUCCUCCUCCUCCUCCUCUUCCUCCUCCGCCAUGGUCUCGAAAUCUUCGUCGUCUAACAAGGAAGAAACUAUUUUAGAAGAAAAGCCAGUGACGGACUUUACCUCCCUUACUCUAACCGUCGUGGAGGCUCGACCGAUGAGGCGAGAGAUGGUCCGGGCGGUCAGUUCUGUGGCGGAGACAGCUGAUGCUGUAAGGAGGAAGCGUGAAAUGAUGGUCCUGCCUCCAGCUGCUUGUGAGAGUGCUGGCACUGAUCAUCAGGUUUAUAGAAGGUCUAGAUCAGAGAGGCUUGACGUGCGGGGAGGUUCUCGCAGGAGCAUGAGACGGAUGUGUGCAAUCGAUGAUCUGAGCAGCGAUGAGUUCAGAUCAACGGUGGAGACUUUUAUUGCAGGGAAGAAGAAGAUGUUGUCUAAGGAAUGGAUUAAGCCGUGAAAUAUUAUUAUUAUUAACACUAAAGGUAGCCUUUUAACUA